UAAGCAAAAGAUCGAAAAGGCCAAUAAGGCAAUAAUGAAACACAACAAGAAAAGAAAAAGUGAAGGAAAAGAAUGAUAAACAGAAAAGCAGAGCACACAAAGAAAGCAAAGGGAGAAGAAAAAGCAAAAGAAAAUGUUCAAUGGAAGGUCAAAAAUAUAUACGGGUCAUUAUAGAUAUAGAGGUCGUUCGGGAAAGAAAUUAGGAACCGAUUCUCUAAAAAGAGUUGUUUGAAUCAAUCAACAAUGGCUUCCGAAGAAGGGUCGCAGACCAUAAGCCUGAAGGUUCAUAUUGACAAGGAGAAAAACAGAGUAGUAAUGGCUGAAGCUGACGGUGACUUUGUGGACAUUCUUUUAAGCUUCUUGACUUUGCCCAUGGGAACCAUAGUGAGACUCAUCAACAAACAACCACAGCCAGCCACUAUUGGGUCCUUGACCACCCUAUACAAAGAGGUGGAGAAUCUUGAGAAGCAGCAGCUUCUGCAGACUCAGUUAUGCAAGUCCAUGCUACUUCAUCCAAGAAAUCCUUCUGAAAAUGUGUGCAGGAAAGUGAAACUGAAUGUUGAUGAUUCAGAGCCCACCAAGUACUAUAUUUGUGCUAAUUGGAAGUGUAGCCGAAGGGAGAGUGGUGGUUUGUAUACUACUUUCAAGAAUCUUAAAUGCAAAUGCGGAAAAAUGAUGGACAAUGAUGACAUACGGAUGCAAAUAGAAGAUGAGACUGCAAGACUUGAAGGAGAUGGAGGAGUGUUUGUUUGUAGAACGAACAAGUUCAUGGUAACCGAUGAUUUGCAGGUAGAUCCCAUUUCUACAGCUACUAUCUUGACACUGUUGCGCAAACUAGAGCUCAAAGACAUGAGUUCACUCCAAGAGACCACAUUGAUUAUUGGCCCAGAGGAGAUUCUGAAAUUGCUCAAGGGAAUUUUAUUUUCCAAGACACCUCUGACAGAUGUGUUUCUUAGAAAGCAAGAGUUUACAGCUGAAGGUUUAAAAUUUGAGAUGGGAGAUCCGUUGCAGUCUUCCUUGAGCUCUGAAGGAGGUAUGACUUUGAAGUUAAUGAUGAGCAAGUCAAUGAACAAAGUAUUAUAUGUUGAAGCUGGGGAAGACUUGGUUGAAUUUCUUCUCAGCUUCCUUACCUUCCCUCUUGGAUCCAUUUUACAACUCUUGGGUGGGAAUUCAUCACUGGGAUCCAUGGACAAUUUGUAUAAAAGCGUGCAACAUUCAGGAGUUACGAGAGAUGAUAGUCUAAGGAACCUGCUGCUGCAACCCAUGGUCUGCCGUGGUUUUACUUGUAGGAGAAACCCACUAGGAGUAAAAGAAUCUCAACAGCCUCCUCCUUCCUUGUGGUGUAGAAGUUAUGCAAAUGGCCGAAUGGCUAACCCUUACACUGGCUACUUGACUACUAAGAAGCCUAAUUUAAAGAGUGGUGAUCGUCUUUCACUUUUAGACUUUGUAAAUCCCAAGUCUCCAACAAGUGAAACAGCAGGUCAAGGAGGAUUUCUCAAGGGACCGGCCACAUUCAUUAUAACAGACAAUUUGGUUUUCACUCCAUUAGCUUCUUUCUGGAGUCUCUCCUUUCUUAAAAGCAUGGAAUUGCCCCUGGAUGACUUGGUGUUUCGUAUGGUUAAAGUGGGCACAGUGGAGGCCUUGAGGCUAUUGAAGGCUUCUCUCUCGUCCAACUCAGUAUUCACUGAUGCCUUGGUUGAGUUUGGCUUAAAGAUUUCCAAGCAAGAAAGUAAAACUCAAUAAGGACACCAUCCGAGAGAGUGGAUCAAGUUCGCGUACAAGAAUGUACGAGAACGAUCCUAGUCUGUGGAUAUGGAAUCAAUUUUCUCUCUCUUCAUUUAAUAGAUUCUAUAUCCACGGAUCAAGAGUGUAUGAGAAAAAACCCUAGCGUUCAGUCAGUGACCUUUGUAAGGGUCGUUUAAUGUAGUUAACUUUAUCAUAAGACUUAGUCUACUUGUGUUUGUCACUGAAUGUUCCCUUUAUAGCUAGAACAUCAUCAUACUUGUCUAUAGCAUUUUUUAUUUUUUAUUUAUUUAAUUUGGUGGUAAGAAUUUGUUAUUAUGUUGAUCCAACAUAUUAUGUAUAUAGAAAGAUAAUCAACUGUUCCUCAUUGUGCUCAAAUGAAGGUUUAUAUUAGAUUGUUUCCA